AGUUGUUAAUCAAAAAUUUUCGUUGAACUUAAACAAUCGAUCCCCUCGGCGUCACUUAUAUUUUGAUUUGAUUUUUUCAAGAAGUUCUGUCGGCGACUUCUCCUUCACUUUGCCUAACAAGUACUGUACAACCCCGGGCGUAAUGUAAUGAGCAAGCUGAUACAAUAUGAUAAACAUGUCAAUAAUUUCUUUCUCAAUGAGAUCAAUGGCAUAGGCCCCCUUUUUUUUUGCCAUCGGUCUAUCUAAUAUUCCUGUUCUCUUUUCGUUCCUAGAUAAACAUGCUGUCGAUCAAUAUGUGUCAAGGCCCACAAAAUGAAUGAACUCCUUGAAAGCACAUGUCCUUUACACCGCCUCAUUUGCACGACAUGAUAAUUCCUCUGACACCCUGUUUAUGUGGAAGUGAAUGGCAUUUUAUCGUCGGUUGAUUGGUUAUGGUUUAUCUGUACUGAAGCAUCACUCGAUAUCCCCAGUUGUACUCGUUAUCAUCAUUCAUAACACCACUACACAGUUGGCCAAUCCUGCUGUCAUAUCGGAGAAGCAACCCUAUCUUUUGGAGCUACCUUGUGACAGUUGGGCAAAGUCGUGCAACAUACUCAACGCGUCUUCCAUUUCUGAUCAUUUACAGCACACUCCUUUGAAUCCUCUUGUCGCUCUGGGCUAUUUUUUUUUUUCUUUAUCCAACAAAUCGAUGAUACCGGAACCAAGGGCUGGCAAUUUGUUGAAAAGUAUCGCAAAGACCACGGCGCUUUCAACUGGGAAACCGCUUUUGAACUGGGAACAAGCGCCAAGUCAGCAUAUUAUCGUGAAAAAAAAGGCAAAUAAUUUUUCAACGUCUAUUAUUGGUCAUAUGCAUAUUAAACUUGUUAUCGACAAUUAUCAUCCAUAUCAUUGUACUUCAUUGUUACUUUUAUGCUGUAUGCGAAACUAUAGUAAUACUGACCAUUGAUGCUUUUUCGCAAACGGUGGAUCUGCAGGGUGGCAAACAGCGUCCACUCAAGUUAGUAUCAUUGCGUAAAAAUAAGAUUAUGAUACCUCCUCGAUACCUAUGUUACACAAAA